UCUAUAAGAAGGCGGUGAUGGCGGUGGGGUCUCUGACCAUAAACGAAGAACGCUCUGAGGUCAUCGACUUCUCCGUGCCUUUCGUCGAGACAGGCAUCAGCGUCAUGGUAUCCCGUAGCAACGGAACAGUCUCACCCUCUGCAUUUCUGGAGCCCUUCAGUCCUUCCGUGUGGGUGAUGAUGUUUGUGAUGCUGCUCCUCGUCACGGCGAUAGCAGUGUUCAUGUUUGAGUUCAUCAGUCCGCUUGGCUUCAAUCGCAACCUCGCCCAGGGCAAAGACCCUCAUGGUCCAUCGUUCACCGUGGGAAAGGCCAUUUGGCUUCUGUGGGGCUUGGUGUUCAAUAACUCCGUGCCGGUGCAGAACCCUCGGGGAACCACCAGUAAGUUCAUCGUGUCGGUGUGGGCCUUCUUUGCCGUCAUCUUCCUCGCCAGCUACACCGCCAACCUGGCCGCCUUCAUGAUCCAGGAGGAGUUUGUGGACCAGGUCACCGGGCUCAGCGACAAGAAGUUCCAGAGCCCGUACUCCUUCUCCCCUCCGUUCCGCUUCGGGACAGUUCCCAACGGGAGCACCGAGAGAAACAUCCGGAAGAACUACCCCGACAUGCACCAGUACAUGGUCAAGUACCACCAAGGGGGCGUUCAGGACGCGCUCGUCAGCCUCAAGACUGGGAAGCUGGACGCGUUCAUCUAUGACGCGGCGGUGCUGAACUACAUGGCGGGCCGAGACGACGGCUGUAAGCUGGUCACCAUCGGGAGCGGCUACGUCUUCGCCACGACGGGAUAUGGCAUCGCCCUGCAGAAGGGCUCCUACUGGAAACGCCAGGUGGACCUGGCCAUCCUGGGCAUCAUCGGAGACGGUGAGAUGGAGGAGCUGGAGGCCCAGUGGCUGACGGGUAUCUGUCACCACGAGAAGAACGAGGUGAUGAGCUCGCAGCUGGACGUGGACAACAUGGCAGGCGUGUUCUACAUGCUGGCGGCGGCCAUGGGGCUGGCCCUCAUCACCUUCGUGUGGGAGCACCUCUUCUACUGGAGGCUCCGCUUCUGCCUCACGGGCCGCUGCUCCGGGCAGCCUGGCCUGCUCUUCACCAUCAGCAGGGGUAUAUGGAGUUGUAUCCACGGCGUGCACAUCGAGCUGAAGAAGCCUCCGGAGCUGGGCUUCAGUCCCCAGCAGAACAUGCUGCACCUGUUCAAGUCGGCCAAGGAGCUGGCGGCCCCCGGUGGUCGCCAGGGCAACCCCAGUGUUCCACAGGCCCCCCCUGGGCUGUUCCAGAUCAUGGGCGUCGCCAAGGGCAACAGCCUGGGCGUCGCCAAGGACACCGUGUACAGCAACACCGGCAGCCUGCUGAGCAACCGCCUCAAGGAGCCGCUCAACAACGCCUCCCUGUUGCCGGGACAACGAGCAGCGCUGACCCUGCCCGACGCCCCAAUGCACAACGUGACCGGGGGAGGAGGGGGCGGGGUCGGAGGCGGAGAGAAGGGCGUGUCCAACGCCUCCAAGCCGCGCGCACUCUGGAAGAAGUCAGUGGAGACGCUCCGGCAAGGAGCCCCGCCGCCCAGCUCCGAGGACCCGCCUUCCGCCGCCCCCGCCGCCGUAUCCAUGGCAACGCCCCCCAACGCCGCACAACAGCUAGAGUCCCGCCUGCCGAUGAAGACCCAGCGUUACCUGCCCGAGGAGGCGCCCGACCUCUCUACCGCAGAGGGCAAAGGUCACGCCGGCGUCACCUCCGGCAACGGCGGUAACAAGCCUGCGAAAGAGCCGACGCUGCGCAAACGCGGCUGCCGCCUUCCACGCGACCUGAGCGACCUGGAGCUCUCGACCCUCCGCAGCCAGCAGAGCGGCAGCAUCCAGAGCAACCACACCACCACCUCGCUGCACCACCUGUUCAGCCAGGGCAGCCAGAGCAGCCAGGGGGGAGGAGGAGGAGGAGGAGGAGGGUCUGUCUUCACCAUCGACUCCUCCCUCGACCAGGAGCCCGCCGCCGCGCUACACUUCCCCGACCUGUUCAGCGACCACCACCACCACCAUCACCGCGACAACGGCAGCAGCAGCAAGAACCCGCCCAUGCACACCCAGCAGCCAAUCCUGCAGCUGAACAGCAGCCUGCUCACCAGCUUACCGCCGCACCUAGGCCACACCCCCCACCACCCGGACGUCAUGGCAACAGCAGCAGCCGCCAAAGACAAGAAAUACAACACCUACGGAAAACCAGGACUGGGCGGAGGAGUCUCUGGUGGAGGAGGGACCGGAGGCGGAGCUCUGACACACUGCCGCAGCUGCCUGUCCCGUGUGGGGGGGUCGUCGUCCUCUGGGGGGGGGGGCUACUCAGGGCUGUACACGGUGCGCUCGCCGCCCCUGCGCUGCGACGCCUGCCUCCACUCGGCCAGCCUCUACGACAUCAGCGAGGAUCACCUGCAGCACCUGCCCGACCUGCCGCCCCAGAUGCCGCCCCAGAUGCCACCCCAGUCGCCCUCCUUCACCGCCUACCUGCCCCAGAGCGACCCUGCCCAGCUGCAGGAGGGCGGCGCCCUGAUCAGCCACUUCCAGACGGAGGCGCCCAUCAUCCCCCGGCAGCACUCCUAUGAGAACCUGCCCCAGCAGGGGGGCUCCCGGCGCGUGAGCCUGCAGGAGGCCAGCCCGUACGCCAACCUGCCCGCCCAGGGCUGCUGCGUGCCCCCCACCACCUCCCCCAUGGCAGCAGCGCCCCCCGGCGGCGGUGGUGGUGGCCCGGGGCUGGCCGGCGUCAGCGGGCUGGGGGUCGGCCGCCGGAGUAAGUCGCUGUACCCCCUGUGCCCCUCGGAGAACCCGUUCCUGCAGACGCUGCGGGACGACCGGCGGCUGGCGCACGGGCACAGCUCCACAGACAUCUACAAGCAGCUGGUGCCCCUCACACUAGGCCACGCCGCCGCGCCCGCGCACGCCACCACGCUGCUCGCCUCGGAGCUCUUCUACCCAGAGCACAUGAUGCCCUACGUGGCUCCGCCCCCACCGCAGGGUACCUACCCCGCGCCCAGGGCCAUGAGUGCCGGCGGCGCCAGGCGGGUCUACAAGAGGAUGCCAAGCAUCGAGUCUGACGUCUAGACGACCCAGGAGGAGGGCGUACUCAUGCAUGUCGUCGUGACGACCCAGGAGGAGGGCAUCCACAUGCGUGUCGUCGUGACGACCCAGAGGGAGGGCGUGUAUAGAAAACAGCUGACUUUGGAGUGGAUCUGGACCACUUGGUGCCGGAUCAGGGUCAAAUCAGGGCCAAAUCAGGGCCAAAUCAGGGACAAA